AUGACAAUCUCUAUAGCGCGUGCUGCAGCCAAGCUGCUUCACCGUGAAGCUGUCAGGACAAGGGCAUUCUCCACCACCAGAACGCUUAACGUGGACUUUACUCACGCCGUCAUCGGAGCAGGAGCAGUCGGGCUCGCGGUUGCGCGCCAGCUGGCCUCGCGAACAGGCACUUCGACAAUCCUGAUUGAGCGACACGGCGCCGUGGGCACCGAGACGAGCAGUCGCAACUCCGAGGUCAUCCACGCAGGGCUGUACUACGGACCGCACUCGCUGAAGACCAAGCUCUGCAUACGCGGCCGACAGAUGCUGUACGAGUUGUGCGAAGCACAGAGAAUCCCGUACCGGCGCACCAAGAAGUGGAUCAUCGCGCAGGACGCGGUGCAGUUCGCCGAGCUCGAGGCGCUCCACGACUUCAGUCGCUCCAUCGACGUGCCUACCCACUUCCUCUCGCGCGCGGACAUUGAGAGCCGCGAACCCGAUGUGCGCGCCGAGGCGGGGGUACUCGAAUCCCCCACGACGGGCAUCGUCGACUCGCACGCCCUCAUGGCCUAUCUGGAGGGGUCCUUUGACGAGCGUGGCGGAGAGGAAGUGCUGCACACGGUCGUGGAGAACAUCGAGCCGCUGCGCAGCUCGUCGUCCAGUGGUGAUGGCGGCUACGCUAUCACGACGCGAUCGCGCGACGGCACAGGCGGCGAGGACACCAUCACGGUCGAGACGCUGGUCAACUGCGCGGGGCUGGCCGCCGUGGACGUCUCCAACAUGCUGCUGCCGCCCGCGCGGCACCGCAAGGCCUACUACGCCAAGGGCAGCUACUUCUCGUACUCUGCAUCGCGCCCGAGACCCAGCACGCUGCUCUACCCAGCUCCGAUCCCCGGCCUGGGCGGCCUAGGCACACACCUGACGCUCGACAUGGCGGGACGGAUCCGCUUCGGCCCGGACGUGGAAUGGGUCGACUCGCCGCACGACCUCUCCCCCAACCCGGCGCGCCUGGCGGCCGCCGUCGACGUCAUCAAGACGUACCUCCCGUCCAUCGACCCCUCCGCCAUCGACCUCGACUACUGCGGCAUCCGGCCCAAGCUGGGCCCCGGCACGAGCGUCACCUACGGCAAAGACGGCAAGGGCUUCGUCGACUUCUACAUCGCCGAGGAAGACGGGUUCCCCGGCUUCGUCAAUCUGCUGGGCAUCGAGUCGCCCGGCCUGACCAGCGCCUUGGCCAUUGCCGAGCACGUCGAGGAGAUUCUGUACGGCGAGGGAGCGACCGUUUGA